UGGAAGAAGCACAAGGGUGGUUCAGAUGCUCAUCGGAAUGGGGCACCUAUUCAGAGGCAACAGAAUGGGGGACCACAGGCAGGACAGGGUCAGCCACAGGCUAACCGACAGAGGAGGCCAUUUGGUACUUUCCAGGGUAGUUGUUACACUUGUGGAGAGUAUGGUCAUACCACCAGGCAGUGUCCUAAAGCAGGACAGGGACAGGGACAUGGACAGUAUGUGCAGCAGGGACAGAGGGCGCCAGUGCCUCUACCAGCUCCACAGGUUCCACGGAUUCAGGGACAGACACAUCUGGCUUUACCGGCACCGCCGCAGACUCAGGGACAGGCGCCACAGCAGUUGCAUUAUGGCAGGGUGUAUAACCCCAAGCCACAGGAUGUUCAGGCACCUCAGACUAUUGAGGGUGUACGUCAGUUCCAGGCUUGAGCUUGUUCGUGCAGAGCAGAGACGAUCUUCCAUUCUACCGAAGAUGUAGGGUUUCUUUCCAGAUCUUGGAUUUGGGUUUUAUCUUUUAUUUUACUUUCAUUUAGUGUGAGACUUUUAUUAGGGGUCCACUAGAGAUGGAUUCCCGAGUUGUUCAAAUUAUGGAUAUUUGGUUUAUCAAAUUUAAGUAUUUAAUUAUUUAAGGAUUAA